CUCUCUCUCUUUUCUUUCCUCCUCCUCUGCACCGUCUUCGCAUCUCUCCAUCACUCUUUCUGGGUUGCACACGGACUAGUUUAUUGCGCACACAGAGUCUCUACAGUGGAUGUUAGGUGGAUGUAUAUUGCGUGCGCGUGGACGCCAGACUUCACCGGGAGGCUGCCGGGUGUCAGCGGAGCUCUGUCGGACGAGGUAGGCAGCGGUGUCCUGUGUGGUGAGCGGCUGGAAAUGGAAUCAGCACCUCUGAGAGCAUCCUAAAGGCAGACAGACAGGACUUCAUAUUUCGUACAGUGGCAGAUCCUUCGGUGGCCGUGCCAGUGUUGUGUGCCGCCUUGUUUCCCAUGGACCUCAGGGUGGGAGAGCGGGGGAUGCGCCCCGGCUCGGACACGGCGCUCUUCACGCCGCUGCACCCACCUAUACUCCUCACCCAGUUCUCCUCUCAGCCCUGCACCUCCUUCUCCCAGCAGCAACUGCACCAGCAAAUCCGGUUUAAUGUGGAGCAGAGGAGACGAGAGCAGGAGCACCAUGAGAAGCAGCAGGAGUUGCAGCAGCUAAAACACAAAGACAAGAGUCAACAAAGCGCGGUGGCCAGUUCCCUGGUAAAACAGAAACUGCAGGAGGUGAUUCUUAAGAAGCGGAAACAGGCGGCGCAGGAGAGAACAAACUCCAACACUCUGCCUGCAGCUCCUGUAGCGUACAGAAAUCUGGGUCCAGACCCGAGUGCAUCCUCCCAACCUCUGGUGUCGUCACCGUCACAGCCGCCCCCGGAGGGCUCAGAAAGGACGCCGCUACGCAGAGCAGCAUCCGAGCCCAAUCUGAAGGUGAAACACAAGCUGAAGAAACACCUGAACACCCGCAAGAGCCCGCUCACCCGCAAAGAGAGUGCCCCGCCCUGUGUCAGACACAGAGUACCUGACACACUGGACUCGUCCCCCAGCAGCAGCAGUACUCCAGUCUCUGGCUGCAGUUCACCCAAUGACAGUCUGCCCAAUGAAAAUGGACUACUGCCAUCUGCAGGCGGCCUCUCACAUGAGGCCCAGAAGCUGUUGCUCAGAGACGGCACCCUGGCUAACUUCACCAUCCAGAGCCCCUCCACUCUGCCCACCAUCACACUGGGACUACCAGCCAACGCCAGGGGUGAAGGAGAGAUGUCCUCUCUGAAGGUCGGCCGGCUGCCGGUGGUCACAGCCGGGGGCUCGUCCGUCUUCCUGUCCCUGAGCAGAGAGGAUCAGGCCGGGCACCCUCACCUGCCCGUCAUCAUCCUGGAGUCCUCUGGACUACCGCACACUCCGCUACUCAGUGUUCCGGGCCUAGACCCCGUCCAGCUGCAGUUUGCCACCCAGUUAGAGCACCUGUCUCCUGGAGGCUCUCAUCCCCACAAGCCCUUGAGCCGGACACGCUCGGAACCAUUACCCCAGAGCCAAAGGACCCUUCAUACACACCUCCUUCAGCAACAUCAUAACACACAACUCCUGGAGAGGCUCAAACAGCAGACCCACCUGGGCAAGCUGAUGUCUAAGUCCAGCGAGAAGCCCAGACUGCAUCAGAUCCCCUCUGAGGACAUGGACUCAGAGGACGGUGGUGGGAUGUCGCCCACAGAGCCGACCUCUCAGAGCAGAGCGCGGGCAGAGUCACUGAGGGAGGCGGAGCCAACAACAUCCAAUAGCCAUGAGGAGCAGCUGAACCUGCAACAUGCACUCAUACUCAAUCAGUCGUUGCUAUGGGAGCAGCAGAAGCAGCUGCAGCAGCUGCAUCGACAGAUGGAGACGCUGGCAGUGCCGAUGCUGCGCGGCGGCAGCGGGGUUGGUAGCGGGCUGGGCAUCCAUCGUCCCCUGUCUCGGGCACAGUCAUCCCCGGCCUCCACCUCUCUCACUCUGCCCGAGAAGACCCUGAGCUUGGCUCCACAGGAGACCAGCAGCAAACCACGCUUCACCACUGGUCUGGUAUAUGAUUCUCAAAUGCUGAAGCACCAGUGUACAUGUGGGGACAACAGCAGUCACCCGGAGCAUGCUGGCAGGAUACAGAGCAUCUGGUCUCGACUACAGGAGAGAGGCCUAAGGGCAGAGUGCGAGACUAUUCGUGGUCGUAAAGCCACUCUGGAGGAGCUGCAGUCAGUCCACACAGAGCGCCAUGUGUUGCUCUAUGGCACAAAUCCUCUCAACAGACUCAAGCUGGAUAACCGCAAACUGGCCGGAAUACUCUCUCAGAGAAUGUUUGUGAUGUUGCCAUGUAGAGGAGUAGGGGUUGAUAAUGACACAAUAUGGAACGAGUCGCACACCUCUACGGCGGCACGCAUGGCGGCGGGGAGCGUGGUGGAGCUGGCAAGCAGAGUGGCCAAAGGAGAACUGAAGAACGGCUUUGCUGUGGUCAGGCCGCCAGGGCAUCACGCAGACCCCUCCAAUCCAAUGGGCUUUUGUUACUUCAAUUCAGUGGCAAUAGCAGCCAAGCAACUCCAGCACAAGCUCAGCGUCGGCAAGGUCCUCAUUGUUGACUGGGAUGUUCACCAUGGUAACGGAACCCAGGAAGUGUUCUACAGCGACCCCAGCGUUCUCUACAUCUCGCUUCAUCGCUACGACGACGGGAACUUCUUUCCCGGCAGUGGGUCACCGGCUGAGGUUGGUUCUGGAGCAGGUGAGGGCUUCAAUGUUAACGUGGCGUGGACGGGAGGACUGAACCCGCCCAUGGGAGAUGCUGAGUACCUCGCCGCAUUCAGGUCUGUGGUGAUGCCCAUCGCUCAGGAGUUCUCCCCGGACGUCGUGCUGGUGUCAGCUGGAUUCGAUGCUGCAGAGGGAAACCCGGCUCCUCUGGGAGGGUACAAGGUGUCCGCUAAAUGUUUCAGUUUCCUGACCCACCAGCUGAUGUCUCUAGCAGGAGGUCGUGUGGUUUUGGCCCUCGAGGGAGGUCACGACCUUACAGCUAUCUGCGACGCGUCUGAAGCCUGCGUCAGUGCACUCCUGGGCAUAGAGGAGCCACUGUCAGAAGAAGUCCUUCUUCAGAAGCCCAACGCUAACGCAGUCAAAUCGCUGCAGACUGUGAUACAGAUACAAAGUCAGUACUGGCAGAGUGUGAAGGCUAACAGUGGAUCAGUGGGUCUGUCCCACCUGUCUGCUCAGACAAGAGACUGUGAGGAAACAGAUGCUGUCAAUGCUUUGGCCUCGCUCUCUGUGGGAGUCCUCUCCAGCAAGAGCGGUCCUGAUGAGCCAAUGGAGCACGACUGCGACUCCAUGUAGAAGAAUCCGACCAAUCACCUCACAGAACUCGCUUUAAGGAGUUGGGCCCAACUCGUGUCCCCGGCUCUCUUGCGCGGUCACAUCACCAUGAAGGGGGGAGCGCGUUUGUAAUGCCACUGAGCCCCAUGCGCCUUAUUCACAAACACACACAUGCACAUCCACUGACUCUCAAUGCUGAACCUCUACGGAUCUGCCACGUGAACACCUCAAUGCUGGUAACCACUCAGAUGAAGCCAGCAGCACAACAUGCAGCUUGGAAACCUUCUGGAACCUCACCAAAGAGCAAUACACAUGAGCUUUUAUGGACUUUUCAUAUCUCCUGAUUAACAUUGGGCUGUUUGUACGUUCAGAGGGCCGAGCCCUGUGACCUCUAACCUUACAGGAAGUGACAGAGUCCAGCUCUGAUUCUUCUUGAAGCACUAUCUACCAGCAGCUGUUUUGGUGCCUUACCUUUGCCUUAACGAAAGGACCGACAACUGUUUUUUAAAAGGGGACAACUUUGGAUUCUAAAAGGUUUUCUCUCGUGCCACGUUGCUUCCCGUAUUAGAAGCAGCUGUCAACCAAAUGGGAUCCAAAAUGGCUGACACGGAACCUACCUACUGUAUGACAUCAGGUGAAAUCAAGAAGUGUACACAUAAGAGAUGCGCGGAUCGGCUCUGACGUCCUAAUCCGGAUGUAUGCUUCACUCAUCCACCCAUCACCCACCCAAAGGACUCGUUUUUUGGCCAAUUUAGAGACCUGCAACCGCAUGAACAUUCCAAAAAUUAAGAAGCAUCCAUUGUGCCAGGAUUAUGGCGACUCCGACUCUCCUCAAUGAUGCACCCGGCUGCGCUAAAUGAACGCUCCCUUGCAGCGCAUUGCAGGAAUGCACAAGAUUCCAUUUGCAAGGAGCUGCAGCCGUGGGAAUGAGCGGCAAAUACACGCAUCACUUGUACUCACACACAUACAGGCCUAAUCGAUAAGAUGCAAAAAAAAAUUCCACAUGAAAAGUGACCACAUGAAAUGAGAAGAGACCGCAAGAGAGGACACGAAUGGUCUGUUUAAAUGAUGUCAUAACCACUAAAAGAAGACGAGGGAAAUAGAGAAGAUGAAGACACAAAGUGGACCACUGUGGUUUUUGUAGAAACAAAGAAAAGGGCAAAAUGUCCUUGUUGUUAAAUUGCACUGUUCAUUCCGUAAUGUGAACCAUAAGAAAUUCCAAAGCUCUGGGGAAAAAAAAAAACAACUCCUCUCUCUAGGUUAUUUAAUGUUUCUUUUUUGAAGAUCUGGAUGAAAUGGUGUUUGCUAUUAUUUUUUUCCCCACUCGUCAUGAGAUGUCUUAUGAAGCCUGUUACUCAUUCUUAGGACACGCAUCGGCCGAAAUACUGUACAGCUGUAGUUCCUGUGAAGUAGGUCUGAAAAGUAGGCAAGAUUUAAAAUGAACUCGUCUUCAGAGUCUUACACACAAACACACACUCUUUAUACAUACCUACACACACACACAUGCAAAGAUGAACUCUUGAUGUUCCACUAUUAUUGAAUACUGUAUGUUAUUGUUAAUAUUUGAGACUAAAGGAGCAUUCAUUCCACUGUGGCACCACUGAGGACCAUUGUAUUGUUCUGUAGUGGCAAUAAUGUUAAUGCACUUAAUGGACAUCACCCAAAGAAAACUGCCUUAAAUCCGCCUGCGUCUGGCAACAGAGCUGUGUGUGCAAGCAGCUCGAGGGACCAGCAUGGAUAGUGGUCUCACAGAGACUCUUAAUUUGUAAAGGACGACAUUUGAACCUGUGGAUUUAAGUGAACAUCAUAUAUGCAGACUUUUGAUAAUGGCCUCGUUUGAAUGCUAUGUUCGUGAUUCACAAUCUAAUUAAGGAACCUGAUGCUUUGUGUUUUGUUUGUAUGUGAACUUAGCAUCUGCACUUCUUCGAGCUGCACACAACGCCAUGCUAAACAUCCGUCAUCUUUGUAGUAGUGCUCGUGUUGAUCAUUGAUGUGAGGAAUUUUUCUGACUGCCCUGCUGUAGGGGCGUGGAAGGGCUCUGCCUCCUAGAACUAACAAGAUUCAUGUUUCUUAGUUUAUUGUGUCUCUUAAGUUGUUAUGUAGCAAAGUUACGUGUGUUGAUGCACAUUAGGUCCAAUUUAGGCUUUUCUUUUUUUUAGAUUAAAGCUGCAGUAUCAUGAGAUUUUGCAAAAUUUACAUUUUUAUUCCAGAUUUCUUAAAUUUAAAACUUGGACAAAUGAAAUUCAUAUUUGACUACACUCCUUUAUCUGAAAGCGGUUCGUACAUCCAUAAUUGGAUUUAAAGCAGCUCAUGUUGGCAGAGAUUUGGUGAAAGGAGACCUGAUUUGAUGCAGCUUUUGUAAAAUCUCGACUGAAAUCAGGACAAUGUGCAGUUCAUGUGACUGGCUGAAGGAAUUAUUGUCAGUUCAGCUUCCAGGUAGGGAAAUGUAUUGUAGUGUUGAGCUUGCUUUAAUCAGACCCUGGGCAGCGUCUGCCCAACAGAAGGUCUCCGAGUUUUUUACAUUAGACAAAAUGACCACAGGUCCUCUGUCACCACUGCUCCAUGACAGUCGGAGCUAUCGAGGACAUGUUGCCUGGAGGAUUGAUGCUCUUUAAAGGAAUGCAACUGAAACAAGUGUGUCACUCUUUUCAUUUUGUUCAUAGUGUUGUCAACAAGUGGCAGGAACAAUAUGCUGUGUCGGUUUUACACAGCGUGCCCAGCAGGUGCCUGUGAUGUCUUUGAAGUAAAUGUCCAUGUCGACGACUGUGUGUAUGUGUGUGUGCGUGUGUUUGUGUGUGUUUGUGAGAGAGAUAGAAAUAGAGUGUCUGAUUGUAUGUGCACUAGUUUAUAUGUAAACUUCUAUCAUGUGUUUUGUGUAUGCAUCCACAAGUGUUAGUCUGUGUUUCUGUGUGUGUGCCUGUUGAAUACUGUAAGUGACCUCCUGUAUUAUAUUCCCAGUUUUUGUCUUAUGAAGAGGCCACUACCGCCUCAACUCUUAAUUCCCUUUAUUAAUGAUGUCAUGUGUACCUUCUUCUUAAAGAAAGACACUGUAAAUAGAAACUUCAAGACCAAAAUACACAUGUCACACAUGUGCCUUGAUGCAUUCAGUAGUGUGUGUAUUGGUAACUCUUAACUAACUGGACUUACGGUAACUCUGUAUGUAUGAACAUGACUUUGAAAUCGUUGUUUCAUGCUACUCUUUAGUAUUUACCUGUAUGUGUUAUUUCUCUUUCACUUUUCCUACCAUGUAUAUGUAUAGAAAGAUUCUCUAUUUUGUAUUGUUAUUUUUCUCUUUACUCGUGAUUAAAAGAAAUAACUUCUUG